ACAUUGAUCUGAAGAAACUGCUCAUGCGCGAGAAACAUCAAAACAAGCACAAAGCCAGCUGUCAAAUCGUUGCAACACCGGUGAACAUUACACAAAAUGUGUUACUAGGCUUUUAGACAUAUCUUCUAUUGGAGACCGGAUGUGGUGAUCAAAGCGUUUAUUUACCAGAUAGAUCACAUCCACCCAGUGCAGAGUUGACCAUCUGACUCACUGUGUCACUGCCUCGGUCAUGGACACAGGUUCAGUAGCAGGUAGGACCAGUUCGGUCUCCGAAGAGAUGGAGGGGAUAUGUGUGAUGCCAGAUAUGAGCAACAUCAAGUCAGAACACCCGGGUGAGAGUGUGGACGACACAGGUGCACAGAACGUGGCCAUGGGGAUCAAGUUCAUCCUGCCCAACCGCUUUGAUAUGAACGUGUGCUCAAGGUUCGUCAAGUCGCUCAAUGAGGAGGACAGCAAAAACAUCCAGGACCAGGUCAAUUCCGACUUGGAGGUGGCGUCUGUUUUAUUUAAAGCCGAGUGUAAUAUUCAGACGUCGCCCUCACCAGGGAUACAAGUGCGUCAUGUUUACACCCCAUCCACCACCAAACACUUCUCCCCCAUCAAACAGUCGACAACACUCACCAACAAGCACCGUGGAAACGAGGUGUCCUCCACUCCUCUUCUGGUCCACUCCCUGUCCAUUCACCAGCUGGCAGCACAGGGAGAAAUGGUGUUCUUGGCCAGCAGGAUUGAACAAGAGACAGUGAUUAACCUGCAGGACGAGGAAGGCUUCACCCCCCUGAUGUGGGCCGCAGCACACGGACAGAUAGCUGUCGUAGAGUUCCUGCUCCAGAACGGAGCGGACCCCAACCUGUUGGCUAAAGGCAGAGAGAGCGCUCUGUCUCUGGCCUGCAGCAAGGGAUACACAGACAUCGUGAAGAUGCUCAUCGACUGUGGGGUGGAUGUCAAUGAAUAUGACUGGAACGGAGGGGUUCCCGUUCUCUAUGCUGUCCAUGGAAACCAUUUGCGUUGUGUGGAAAUUCUCCUAGAAAGUGGCGCCGACCCCACCAUUGAGUCUGACUCUGGCUUCAACGCUAUGGAUAUGGCUGUGGCAAUGGGCCAUAGGAAUGUUCAACAGGUGAUGGAGGCCCACCUACUGAAGCUGCUGAUGGGGAUCAGAGAGUAACCCACUAACCUGGGGCACAAGAGGAGGGACUGCCUGUGAAUAUAAAUACAGUGGACACCAUAAAGAAAAGAGAAAUAAGGCUGAGGAUGAUUGUGGAUCAUGUUUGAGACUGUUAUCUGUUAGGGUGAAGCACAGGUGUGAAUGGUUUUGAUGAAGCAUGUGAGUAUUUAUGGAGACAUGCAACUCAAAUGUGUCAGUUUCAGGCCAUCGUUUUGGAUAGAUGCCCUUUUCUUUGAGUUUAGUUUGUUACAAUGUAAAUAAGUUUUGAGCCAAAUGUUAAUGUAAGAAAGUAGUGCUUAAACCCAAACGUCUGCUCUAAUCAUGCAUUGAUAUCAAUGGAAGAUUUUUGUGAAAGUUUAAGUGCACACUUUUCAUUUGAGAAUUUUGCUCCUCAAGUAAUGGGUAAACACUAUAAAGUUGGGAUGAAAUUAA